GAAUCAAAUCAAAAUCAAAGUAAAUCGAUCCGAAAAACCUUAAAAUCAGCCAUUUGAUCUGAAAAUUAACCAUCAACCAAUUCAAGGGAAUCUGGACGUAAAUAUUUCGAUCCAAAUCAGCAGAAUAGGCAUCACUCCCGGCCGAUUCCAUUAACGAAUCGCCCCCUUUCACCAAUCAGAUUCCCUGUGAGCAACUUGGGAUCGAUCCACCGAGUCUCGGUAUAAAAGAAUCCGAAUCGGGAUGAUCCUAAAGGCACGGCCAUCAAUGAUUUGCCACUUUGGACUUAGUGGGACCCCAUUACUCCCAUUAGUAUUUAUCCAUCCCACCUUAAUGAAGUUCUACUUUUCUCUCUGAGUCAUAAUACCAAUACACGGUUUACACAUUACACCACACUCCACACAUCAAUCUUGUGGUCGGUAACCCUUACCCAAAACCCACUGGCCAAUGCUUCUGCUCCUUUCGGACUGAGGAAGAGAGAGAGAGAGAGAGAGAGAGAGAGAGUAAUCUCUGAUGGAAUCAACCCAGAAGAUCGUGUUUUUCAUACGAGGCGAACACCAGAAGCAGCAUUGAUCCAUGUCUCCUCCGAUCACAAACAACAACAGCAACAACCCAAACAAACCUUAUCAUCAUCAUCAUUUUUUGCAGAAGCCCACAUCACUUCCUGAUAUCUUCUUCACAGCUCUCUCUCUUCUCUUCCUCUUCUCCUCCUCCAAACCUCAACACAAUCAUCUCUCCCCCAAAAUCCUUCCUUUCUCUUUCCCUUCAAACCCUCGUCGUCUCUUUCUCAAGAACUCAAUUAUGUCCCAAUCCAAACGCACCAGCCCUAAUCACUUUUCCACUCCGCAAUCUCUCUCAGAUUGGCUCAGACCUCGCUUGCCCUCCGAUUCUUUUGCCUCUUGGGGUGUCAAGCCAGGUACCAAGAACGUACAUAACCUCUGGCUUGAGAUCGCUGAAGGUGAGACCUCGCUUAUCGACUCGAGCCCUCCUCUCCGUACUGUUCACGUCGUUACCGUCAGAGUCAUCGAUGGCCAUGGAAGUGUUCUUCUUGAGUCGCACCAGGAGCUAUCAGAUGGGAGCCUUCGAGAACGAUGCAGGCCUUUGUCGGAAAAGAUGAAGCCUGGAGAGAGUGUUGAAGAUGCUGUGAGAAGGGCUGUUAGGGAGGAGCUUGGAUCGAUCAUUCAGGGGAGUUUAGAUGAUGAGCUUGUGAGGAUUGUGCCUGGUUCAUAUCUGAAGAAGGAAGAAGAGAGGUUAUCGGUUUCCUAUCCUGGUUUGCCUGCUUAUUAUGUGUUGCAUUCAGUGGAUGCUUGGGUGGAUGGAUUGCCUGAAGGAGAGUUUUUUACAGAAGAAGAUGAGGAGUACAGGGAUUGCAGCGAAGCAGAGGCGGUGGCUAAUAAGGCAGUCUUUGUGAAAAGGCAUUUUUGGAAGUGGGCUACUUCUGAUCCUGUUUGAUUGAUCCUUUUUUAUCCAGAGAUGGUGAGUUUGAGCUGCCCUCCACCUACUUUUUUUUUUUGCCUUAUUAUACUUUUGCCUUUUUUUUUUUCCUUUCACAUCCAAUACCUAUUCUUUCUGGGUUUGUCACAGUGCAUGGAUGCUUGUUCUCAUCCCAUGUGCUUACUAAUUAAAUGAAAUUGGGAGCCUAUUGAAGUA